AUAAAAUAAUAAAUUUGUUUGUAAAUAUUGUUAUUGUUGUUGACAUUGUUGACAUUGUUAAAUUGUUUAUCUCGAUUGCAAAUUGCAAUGAGAUUCAUGAGCCGUUAUUCACGGUUUAGUUAGUCAAAAUAUUUUUAAGAGGGGCAAGUGGGGGCAAGGAAUUGCAAGGAAUCAAGGAUUUACAAGAAAAGGAACAUUGGGGGGAAGUAAUUCUACUUGUUGCUGCAUAACGGUACCAGAAGAAAAGGAAAAAAAAAAAAAAAAAAAAAACCACGUGUGGAGUAAUUUUAUUGAGUUGUAAACUGGAGCACUAGCACCACUAGUUUGGCCUUACAUCAUCUAGGUUUGCUAAUUGCUAUUUAACUUGCAAUUGAAUUCAUUAUUAUUUUAAAAAUAAUACAAGUGGAUAAAUAAUUAAAUGAAAAAUGCUUACUACAGAUGACAUUGAAUCUGUUUUUGGUGCCAACGAUGAUCGCCUGUCACAAAUUGAGCUAGAAAAAAAGCAAAAAUUUGAGGAUGAUGUAAUACCAAGUCAAUGUUUUUCAAGUGACGAUGAAAGCUGGUUAAUUUCAUUUUUUAAAACAAGAAAAAUGAAACAUAAAAUCUCCACUGAAGCAUUUAAAGAACUGAAAGAAAGAGAAGAAAAGUUAUUAAAUCCUGAAGCUGUUGAUAAGAUUGAUAGUGAACAUGGAGAUAAUUAUGUUGCACCUGCUAAUCUUGAAGGAAGUAGUACAAAUUUGGGUGAUAAAUGUCGUCAAGAUAGUAUGGAUUUUAAUGCAUCAUCAUCAGGCUGUGGAUCAUGUAGCAAACAUGACAAUUCAAAUAGUGAAAAUUUUAAAUAUGAUGCAGUUAGAUGCAGAGAUGCAAUUAGAAGAACUAAAGACUUGUUUCAACAAUUAUUAGAUACACCUUGUGAUAAUGAUGACGCUAUUUUAAAUGACUUUGAUACAGAUGAUAAAUUAAUAAAUCAACGUGAUGAUACUACAUGUGAUAGUGAAAAUUUAAAUUAUGAUUCAAUUAGAAGACAACGAAUGAAACGUAAAAUUUAUAUUGAAAUACUAAAAGAAAAAAAAAGUCGAUUAGGAAAAAUUGCUGUUAAUAAUUUAAGUUGAUAAAAAAGGUUAAUAUUGUAAAAAAAAAAAAUUGAAUUAUUAACUGCAUCAACGUGAUUGUAUAAUUAUAAAAUAUACUGUAUCUGAUUUUUUUUUUUUUUUAUUUUUUUUUUAUAUAAAUUAAUUAUUGUAAUUUAUAUUUUUAUAAUUAUUUGUUGUCUAAUUUUUUUUUCAUUUAAUUUGACAAUCGAGUAAUGCAGAAUAUUUUAUAAAUUUUUUGUAAACUUGCUGCUAACAAAGUAUAAUACCAAAUUGAGUUG